GUUUAGGGUGAAGGUUACGGUUAGGCUCAGGGUUGAAUCCCUCGCAUCAACAUGUAACGCUGAGGGACCUUCAGGGAGUGAGAAUGUCUUGAACUGCGAAGUUUUAAGAAGGAAAGCGUCAGAAAUGAGAUCAGGUCCAUAAGUUGCCGGUUCAGAUCGAGACCCUAACAGGAAACAUUCAGGUCGGCACAGGAAGUGCAAACGGUCGGCGAUAAAUCCUGAGUGGAGUGAACAGACAGAAGAAUGAAAACAACCCGACCGGCACUGAGGGCGUGAGAAACGCCUGCGACGACAGAAACAUGUCAUGGAUUUAAGUAUUAAAGAGGACUUGAUGUGGGUGAUGAUAUUCCUCCUCUUCAUCUGUGAUCCCUGCAAGACGUGUGUCACGAAGGGCUUGACGGUCUACAGAGCCAAAGAAAACCAGGAUGUCACCAUUGAUUGGAGCAUUCCCAGGAAAACCAACUGGACUCUCCUCAACAUGAUCUGUCUCUCUGACUUGGAUAAGAUCGUUUUCGACAUAGUAAGAGGUUCCCAGUCCCUGGCGGAUGAGCAGUUUGCAGAACGGGUCCAUUUGGACAAAGACUCUCCCCAGGAAGCAAAGAUCCGACUCCGUCUGUCCAGAGUCCAAACCGAAGACUCUGGGAUUUACACCUGCCACCUCAAAGACUUCGAUGAUGUCACUGAGAAAUGGAGACUUCAAAUGAAAGAACGAUUUAUUCUGAAUGUUACGACUGGAGGGAAUGACGAUCCGUCAAGAAACACGGCUUGUUUCGUGACUUCUCCACAUGCUGAACUCGCUCCAAGCGGACCGGACCCAAGCAUUAAAUUGGCUGUAACACUUCCAGUCGCCGCAGUAGUUGUGGCUCUUAUAUUUUACAUUAUUCACCAUGUAGCUCGAUCUCGAAGAUAACUCUUAAUCUUUAUUUAUUUUAAUUAUAUGCAGCUUCUCUGACUGUCUGCGGGUUUCCCACUCCGCCUUCGGCGUCAUGGUGACAUUUUUCAUCAGACCCGUUUCAGAGGAGUGGGUGAUUCUGUAGCAGCUCCUUUGUACUGGUUUUUAUGGUGAAUGUCAAUCAUUAACUAGUAACAUUUAGCACAUAUCUAUUAAUAUUAACACUUUUUGUUCAUUUUUGACAAAGCUUAAACUAAUUGUGGAUUUAGCCAUUGGAGGAUUUUUGGUGCUGAAUUAGUUUGUGUUGUUUUCGUUUAGCAGCUAGUUUAGCUAUUUGGCUAAGUAAUAAUUUUAAAACUUGAAUAUGAAUCAACAUGUUUUUGUACUGUUUUGUAUAUUUACUCAUUUAUUUGUUGCUUUAUUUCUAAGCUCCAAUAACAUUUCUUUAUCCAGUUGCCAAUUGCUAGGCUAGCAAUUAGCAUGUUGCAGCUAAAUAGAUGUAAAUAAAAAACAGUCGUCUUUAUGUGACAGUGUUAGGGCCAUGCUAAGAAAAUAAAAAAUUACAGGAAUAAAGUUAAAAUAAUACAAGCAUAAAGUGAUAAUAGUUCGACUUUAUUGGUGUAAUUUUAUGACUUUAUUCUCUUGAUUUUAUUUUAUUUUUUCUGAUUUAGCCCUUUUACUCCAUCAUAUCUUGGUGCUGGAGGAUUUUUGAAACCUUUUUUUAUUCUUAUUUUAGCAGAUGGUUUAAAUAAUUCUACUGAGUGAAUCAGUUUCAGUUUGUGUUCAUUUGUCUCUGCUGGUUCCAUGAUGUUUGGGUAAAACUGGGAAAUUCGUCAUUCAGGUCAUGAGAUCAUUUGUCAUGUUGGUGUUCUGGUUUUCAGUGACGUGCAGAUCAGGUUCUGUGAAACAUUACAAAAUGUUUCCAUGAAACAGACACUUGUGCAAUGAAGCAAAAGUCUGAAGACCAAAGAACACAUUUCAAGUCCAGACUGAUAUUUAACACACUGCAGGGCUGCUGGAAACUUUUAUUUUGAAAGUCCAGUUGGACCUUUAUCAGUGCAGAUGAUGGAUGGUGAGUAACUCCACAUCUUGGUUACGUAAAACUUGCGUCUCUUGAAUGAUUUACAACUUCAUGACUCUGGAAAGUCAUAAAUCGCAUUGCAGUUUUACAUUUUUAUACUUGAUUAAAAACAUGAAGUUGUAUUUAUUGCAUCCACUUUGCCAGAAACAAUCAUUUUCUGCAUGGUUGUUGUUGAUCUCCUUCUGUUUGAAGGGUUAUUGUAACUUCUUUCUGGAUUUUGUACGUUUUUAGCAAACAUGUACAAAGUAAAGUUCAUUUGUUACCUGUUUUUUUUCCACAGAAAAUGUUCAGUA